UUUAAAUAUUUCAGUUACAGAAGUUAAUAUUUUAGAACGAAAAUAUAGGAAGUGAAUAAUCUAGGGUUGUUUUUUUGCGGCUUUGAUCUAUUAGAAUCUUUUAUGAUAUGUUAAUAUUUAAUUGCCAAAAAUAUUAAUUAUGAAUCCUGCUAAGAUUUUGUAAAUUUUUUGUAAAUAUUGCACUAUUAUAUGUGUUCUUUCCCCAGACAAAAAAUGAAUUACUCCAUUUAAUUUUGGGCCGUAAAAUUUUGUAUACUGCUGUCAGUAUUUCUCGGUUAGCCGAGGUCUGGGAGCAAAAGCACUAUAAAUAAUGCUUUUUUAAUUUUCUGCUGAGAUCAGAGGUAACUCGUCGAUAAGUUUUCCUUAGGUGUGUGGGCUUUGGCUACUGUUUAGGUCUAACACUAUUGGUUUGAAUAAUUGAACCUCAUCCUCCUAUUACCCAUUGCAUUAAUGCCUUUGAAUUAUAUAUCAGUUGUUUCUCCUCAGGUUCUUCCCAAUGAUAUUGAUUUGCUUAAUCCUCCUGCCAAGCUUGGGACAAAAACACAUAAGCUAAAGUCUGUACUCCAAGGACCUACUUGUUCUGUGAGUGUGAAAUGUCAAUGCUGCUUCAUUAUGGCUACGAAUUUUGGUCGUGCACAAUCGUUUGUUCUAUGCUCCACCUGCCAACAAGAGACAUGUACACCAUCAUCUACGAGAUCGAAGCUUACAGAAGGUUGUUCCUUUAGGGUUAAAAAGAAUGCUAAGAUGAUCUUUUGCCUGAUAUUUUGCUAUAGUUGGUUGAGCUACCAAGGUGACGUAUAUAGGUGUACUUAAAGGAUGAAUUAGUCAAUAGAUAAGUUUUCCGUUUACCAGCUUCUUUUUGUGAAAACGUUCGUACUAUGAAUAGUUUGGUUGUCUUUAUUAAUCUACUGCAAUUUGAAGCGAU